AUGUCCUCACUCGGCAAGCGCACAAGGAGAGUAGCCGCAGCAGACCCAGUCACUCCCUCAAAGCGCAGAAUCAUACAGCUCCUCACACCAGACACAACGCCCACAAAGCCAUCCCCGAGCCGCAUCGCGUCUCUCAAGCAGCGCAGUACGCCUAGCUCAGUAGGAUCGCCCUAUUCUCCCACAAAAUCAAUUCUGCGUCGUAAUGCAGUCACACCAGUGGUUGGUCGCGAAGAGGAGUCCCAGGCACUGCAAGCAUUUCUAGAGGAUCCAGAGCAGCCGCUCUUGUAUAUCUGUGGGCCGCCUGGCACGGGCAAGUCGGCAACAGUCUCGCAGUACACACAAACACUUCCUGUCGCGAACUCUCAGCGGGUCUUUAUCAAUUGCGUGUCUCUCAAACGACCGGAUGAAGUGUACGCGACGAUCCUGGCAAGCAUUGACCCAACGGCUGCCUGUGCGACUGCAUCUGCAGCACGCAAACGGCUGACUGCAUACACAAAGCUGUCAACCUCACAUCAACUCAUCUUAAUUUUGGAUGAAAUGGACUACCUCUCCUCCAGCAGCCUUGAUACACUCUACGCACUCUUCGAACUUGCUAAUGGCAAACACGUCAAAAUCAUUGGUAUUGCCAAUGCCCUCAAUCUCACAGACACUGUGCUUCCACACUUACAAGCAACGGGCAUUCAGCCCACCAUUCUGCGCUUCAAACCCUACACCCCUGCUGAAAUCACACGAAUUCUGACGGCGCGUGUCAAUGCCAUUGCGAAUCCAGCACAGACACUCGUGGAUCCACCUGCACUCUUAUUGCUCGGUCGAAAAGUAGCCAAUGCAACAGGUGAUAUUAGGAAAGCGUUGGAUAUUCUACGACGCGCAGUAGAGCUCGUUGAAGUGGAACAUCGCAGUAUUCUCACUGAAAUGGACACAAAUGCACCAAGCACACUCCUUCCAAAAGUCACGCUGAAGCAUGUCGCUCAAGCAGCGGCACAAGCCUUAACGGCUGGUAUGGCUACCUCUGACCAUCUUCGCAAACUCAGUCUGCAUGAACUUGCAUGUCUCUGCACCUUGGCCUCACAAAAGACAAACACCAUUGCAGAAACGUAUGAAGCCUACGUACGUCUUUGCAAACGUGACAAAAUGACCACAGCACUUGUCAGGACGGAGUUCACGAAUAUCUGUGAGGCCUUGGUGGAUCGUGGCAUGUUGGCGAUUCCGAGGGGUAAAGUUGGGUCUGCUCGAAUGAUGAGGCAAGGAAGUGGUCAAGGGCAGCAUGGACAAGAAUCACGACCUAUUGUGCUCGCUGUAUCGGAGAUGGAAGUAUUGAAUGCUAUUGGCGAUUUGGGCGUGUUGAGGCGCUUCUUUGAAUGA